GUCGCGGACACCACUUUCGCAGUUUCUGCAAAGAAGGUCGCAGCUUCUACAAAAGAGGCUCCAAGGGAAAAGCAUUUGUUGCAGUGGCUCAUCUACAAGGAUGUGCAGGGUAUUGCAGGGUCCGUGGACGCCUUCGGCUCUAUGCUUUGGACUUGCGAAGCCGCUCAGCACGGCCUCUUGCUCGGCGACUUGGCCUGAGAUGUCCUGAAACCCCUCGGGACUGUCGGUACUUGGCCUUCUCUCACCACGGAGGCCUUGACCCUCUGCUGCUUCGUGGCCGACAUGACGAAGCGACGCUCCUGAAGACUCUUGAGACUCUCUCCCGCCGGCAGUUCUCUGAGAUUUCAUUUGAAGAAGCUCGUCGAAAAGCAACAGCUCUGAAUCGGAGCCUUGUCGUGCUUUCUCCGGAUGCCACCACCCUGGAAAGGCAGGCUGUGCAUCAACAGCGCCUCAAGCUUGAUGUCACCAUUGCACAGGCUGCCUCUGCCAGUGCUUUUGGCUUCCGCGGGCAUGCCUUAGCUUUUCUUCCGGGUGAGGAGGAAGUUCGCCACUUCCUGGGCUCUGAGGACUUUGACAGGUGGCUUCUAAAAGUGUCUGUCCCUUGCCUGGCAGAAGUCCGUGAUUUCUCAGAUGAAGAGCCCUACGAGGACCUGGAUCUGCCAAUUGCCAAGCUCUUCAUGAAGGGGGGUGCGCUGGAUGACAUCGCUCGAAGCGUCGCGCAUCAGGUCUGCCGACAAUUCUUUGGCCGGAUUGCUUUUACUGCGCGGAAUGCUUCUCUGGGGUCGUCAGACUGGCGCCAACAUGGGGUGCCACCAGGUCGUUUUCCUGCCUUCGCCGUUGCACUGAGUACGGCCUACAACACGUCCAGGUUUGGCUUUCUGGGAAUUCCAAAGAACCAGCCCAAGGACUUUUGGUUGGGCCCCGCGCGCCAGGUCCUGACCGACUUUUUAGAGGCCGUGUUGAAUGGAUCUUUGGUGCCGUCAAGAAUGAGUGAAAGUCCCCCGGACGAGGACGAGGAGCCUGCGCACAGCGGAUUUGUGCGAAAGCUUGUUGGCCGUCGAUGCCAGCAAGUUGUUGAGGACAGUGACUCCGAAGCUCUCAUUGAGGGAUUUGACGAGUGGCGCCGGGAUCACAGCGACCGCAGUCGACGCCUGGAUCUCUUGGCGUCUCUCUUGUUGCCACAUAACAUCAGCGUCUACAGGCUGGAUUUUGGACAGAACGAGUGCCCUCCGAACGUUCUUCGAAGCAUCUCGGCGGGCUACUCCGGAUAUUUCUUCGCGCAUCCUCAUGCCAGGCAGAGUGGCCGAAAGCUUCAACGCUUGCGAAAGCUAGAUCCUGAUUUUGAACAGGUGAUCCACUUCGUGCAGAAGCACAGCCGAGUAGAAAUAGGAGUUUCUGAGCUGCUGGCUGCGUUGGAAAGCGCUGCUUCCUCUGCAUCGACGAUUGUUGGCGGAGCCAUGGCAGCUGAGCGAAUUGGUGCUGGCGUGUUUUCUUGGAGAUUGGCCGUGCUGUCCAUCCUUGUCGGUGCUGUUGGGAUGCCACGGUACAGUAUGAAAUUGCGAUGUUUGAAUGUCGCAGCUUCUUUCGCUUUCGCUCUUUGCAUUCGCGAG